AUGGGCCCUGACCUCUCUCUGUGCACCGACUCUUCCGUGCGCUCUGGGUCAACAUCUUCGCUGCCAUUACUGCUACGCGUCCUUUCCAAACUACGGCCUCUCCACCCUCCAACAGCCCAAGAGAGCCUCGGCCAAGGGGAACGAAAUGCCAGAACUCUCCGAGGUUCUCCCAGACCCAAGCUGGACUUCGCUAACCCUCCUGGGCGUGGCCAGGGCUCCGGCUAUGGCCCCGCCCCUGGACAUGGCUCCGCCUCCGAGCAAGGUCCCGCCCUCCUCUCCCCGCUGCUCUUCGGCUUUCAGAGACCAAGAGCGGACUGGCGGUUGCCCGCAGACCAUCGGCGGGCCUCUUUGUUGCCCUUUCAUUGGAGGAUUACACACAGCUCCCGCUGGAUAGCACAGGUAUUGGCCUCUGAGCUCAGCCUGGUUGCCUUGGUGCUUCUGCUAGUCAUGGUCUUCUCCAAAAAAUGGUUGUACCCCUCUGGGAGCCGCUACUACCAGCGCUGGCCCAGGAAUGUCAGCAAUAGAAUCUACACAUCGGCCCAUAUUAUGUCCUUGGGGCUUCUGCACUUCUGCAAAUCCAGGAGCUGUUCCAACUUAGACAACGAGAUCGUCACCUUCAUUUUCUUCACCCUCUUGUUGUUCCCCAUUAACCUCUGGAUCUUCGAGUUGGAGGGGAACAUAUCAAUCCCCAUUGGCUGGAGCUAUUUCAUUGGUUGGCUGGUGUUUGUCCUAUAUGUCACCUGUGCGAUCCUUUGCCACUUCAACCACAAAAGUUUCUGGAGACUGAUUCUGAGCCAUCCCUCUGAGGGUGCCACAUCCAGCGGUAGCAAUUCCAGCUUAAUCCAAGAAUCUCCAAGCAAGCAGGCUUUCACAGACUCCUCUCUCAACCAGGAGGAAGCCCUGGGUACCGAGAACAAGAGUACACACCCAUAA